ACCACGGGGCCGGUAGCAUGAUCAAAGCGCACAGUGUACUACUAAUGUGUGCUUGUGGUACUAGUCACUAUUGCCUGGCCAGGGACACCGCGGACAGCUGCAUUAGCCGAGGAGAACGAGCUAUGGCAGUGACUCAACUAGAGCUAAUCUCAAUAUUUGUCUUGCGAUAGGACAGCCUGAAGUGCAGCGUGCCACUAUUGCAGUAUGUUCUGCGUGAUCAGCCCUGAGUGAUUGUGCGAAUGUGUGUGGAUAUCUCUGUCACUGUAGCGGCGUCCAACUUGUUCUGUUCGCCAAAGCGGCGGUGUUCGCUUGCAGAAUUUCAGAGGUAGAAGCUGUGGAUUAGUGCCUAGUAGUGAUGCUGAGGCGGACACCAAGCCAGGGUGCUGUCGAUAGCUGGUGUAAACUACUCGGCCUACUAAGAUGAUCAUACCAGAUAACGACUUGCCCUUGUUCAUAAUAGUACCUCUCUCUCUCUGCCUGUACAUCAUGAGGCAUACGUGCACUCAGACCUUCCAACGUGCCAAUACUCACUGCUGCUACACAGUGCGAGCUGACUGAAGGAAGACAGGGCCCUGCACCGCUGCCUGGCUGCUCUACAGCCGCCGCUGAAUAUUUGAAGGGGCAUCCACUUGCAGCGUCUUAAAAUAUCUCUCACCAUGAAAGAGGUUUUAGUUUUGUUAUUGCUCACUGCAGGCGUGCUCUGCCUUAGUCGGAGCGAAGCAAGAUUGCGGGAAGGGAGCAGGCGCACCUUUCAAGUGCUUUCAGAUCUUUGUGGUUUACGUGUGGUGUUAGGUGAAAUCCCUCUUGCAGAGCAUUCCACGAUUGUUUCUUGUCCGUCUUCAUCGUGGAGAAUACCGUGUAGUCAGUCUGUGUGUGCUCGUCUGAAUCGGUAGUAAUUGAAUAGUAUUCACGGGUGCUAACGUUAUCCAAUGAUGGAGUGCACUAGUCAACAGCAAAGUGCUGAUAGUAGCUGUAGAGCUCUCGUGUCGUCCAGUAUUGACGCCAGCACGGGUGGUAAAAUAGAACGUCAGCUGUUCAUCCCCUUUCUCGAGAAGCUGCUGGACAGUGACGACAUUGACGGUCUAGAGUGGAUCUGCAAGGACAAGCGCAUAUUCCGCAUGCCCUGGAAACACAUGAAACGCCACGACUAUGACCUGGAGCGCGACUCCAUGCUCUUCAAAGCGUGGGCCGUCAACUCUGGCAAAUUCAAGGAGACCGAACAGGAUCCGAGUCGAUGGAAGAUCAACUUUCGCAGCGCCCUGAACACUAUGAAACACGUACUGGUGGAAGAGGAGAGUAGUGAUGAGGACUGUCGUGUAUUCCGCAUCCUGGAGUCGACAUCCACCCAGCAGAGGAAGCGGCGCGCGGGCGAUGCAUUCGCAAUGGAUUCUCCGUAUUCGGUGCAAGCAUCAGGGUAUGCUAGUCCAUCACCUGCCAAGCAUUAUCCGAUGAAAGCCGAGACGGACGACAGACGAGUUGCCAUUCCUGCUCAGUUCCAAGGCGUCCAACAGUAUCCAUGGCAACCCACUCAAUAUGUCUACCCACCGGGAUCGGUUGCCAUGGCACCACCGGCACAGUUCACCUACUACACCACCGCCACCGCUGCCCCUGCGGCCGUGGACGGUCAUCACGGUGCCACGACAACGUACUAUGUACCCAAUCAGAACGCAGCACCCCCGCCGACGUCCGUGAUCCACACACCUGCACAGCCACAGCAGGUCAUGGCGGCACCAGCCAUGGCUCAUCACUAUGGCAACCAACAGGCUAUGACUCACUACACAGCACCAGCCCAGUACAUGCAUGCACCGCAGGCAGUAGCGGGCGCAGGUGUAGCUAAUGCUGCUGGUACCGUGGUACUCCAAACCAAUAGCACAGCACAGAACUCGGGAAAUCUACAUCAAGUUGCUGUGCCUGCGCCUAUGCACAUGAAUCACACUGCUCAUCCUUCUAACGCCGGUGUAGGUCAUGCAGGAAACUCCGGUGUUGUUGGUGGUCAAGCAAUGGCAGCCGUGAACCAUGAACAUGCUGCGCAUAUGCUCAGCCCGCAGAGCUUGAAGACAAACAAUAGCUGUGAGUCGUUACGCUCAGCCCAGUCCAUGAUGUUGCCAGUCACAGGCAUCAUGACAGCCAUCGCAACGUCAUCUGCAACCAGCUUGGGAGCCGAGGACAGCCACAGCAUCAGCAGAGACUUUGAGCAAGACACGACGUCACAACAGCAGCAGCUGCUGCAACACCAACAACAGCAGCAAAAUCAAACAUCACGUGUUCCGGACAAUCACGACGUCAAUGACUCUCAGAAGUGCAGUUCCAAGCAUCGUACCAGCAGAGACAAGAAGCAACAUGUCAGCAUGGGCGGGCGUACUCACUCGAAUGCUUCACAUCGCAAGUCAAAAGACAGGUUCUUUGCAGCCAACAGCAAUAACGACUUAGCCAGCGCAUCAUCGACCUCCAAAGGGAAAUCUCCCAGUAAGCGCAGCCACUUGAAGCUGGAAUCGCCCAUGGAGGAAGAGAGUCGUGAUGAUGAGGUCAUCGUUGAUGUUGUGUCUAGUCCGAUGGAUGAAGCUCCCAGUGAUCAUGGUGACAUGGCGGAUCAUGAGAAAGAACACACAUCACCUGGAGAUACAGGCGAAGAGAGUCCCAGUACUGAAUCUGACCAGACUAGCAGUGCGGAUGACCCCCAGGAGACUCAGACAGCUGCUCAGCAAGACAAGGAGAAAGAAAUCCACGGGAUUCAGUGUCAAGUCGAGGACGGCAAGAGACAACUUGAGCAACUUGAAGGCAGUCUUGCCGAGCGAAACGCAAGAAUCGUCCAAAUGGAGUUGCAGCGCGAGCAGCUCAAUGUCUGCCUGCAUCGCGAGUGGCUGAUUGUCAAGGAUCUAGUUUCCAUGGUGACGGCACACAAGACGCAAAUGGAACAGUUGACGGUGAAGCUGAGUCAGUUACGGAACCCCUCAGCCCCGAACCCCAUCCCCAACCACCCGGUCACAGCAACAACAGCAGCAGCCACUCCUGAAGCCAGCAGCAGAGUAAGCCUGGAUGCGCCAGUGGCCAAGAAACGCCGCCAGCCCAGCAGUAAGAGAAAAAGCAAAUCAGCACGCACUGGUAACUGACGACACUACCUUUACACAUAUUCAAUAGUCGAGGGAGUUGAACUUAUACACAUGUAAAGAAAUACUAAAAUAAUGCUGAACAACUCUAUCCCUGGACAUAAGUACUUAACUUAUAACUUAUUUUUUAAACUAAUCUUGCUGAUAACCUAAACCAGAGAUAUAAGUCAUUGACAUCUUCACAUUUGCUGAUAUAUCGGUAGUAAUAUUAUUACUUGAAGUACUCUUAUUGCAGGCAAGGAGAUACAUGUAUGUAAGCUAAAGUACAAGUACUAACAAUGCCAUGCCGAGCUGAGAUGAAGAGAUCUGAUAAACAUACUGAUAACCAUACUGAUAAUCAUACUGAUAAUCAUACAAGUAACUUACUCUUUUCACACAACAAUCUAAUGCUGGAUACUCUAUACUCUAUACUAUAAUAUACCCUAUCUCUUUCCCGUUAAUCAUGCUUGUGAACGGCAAAACCUCUCAGAUGUCGGGGAGAAUAUAAACGUGAACAGCCACUAUCAGUAUUGAAACUUUGGGGUGCAAUGUUUUA